UGAUUGGAGGAAGCCUGCCUUCAGUCACGUGUCUACCACGUGAUAUGCGUCCCCGGGUCUCGACUAUAAAACCCGGCCAUGGAUCGCGAUCCCAAGAAAAGAAGCGAAGCGGAGAAAGGUGGUUCGACUCCCAACGACGGCCGACCAUGAGUACCAUGAAGUUUUGCCGUGAAUGCAACAACAUCCUGUACCCCAAGGAAGACAAGGAGCGGAAGGUCCUCCUCUUCGCUUGCCGCAAUUGCUACCACCAGGAGGUUGCUGACUAUAGUUGUGUCUACAGAAAUGAGGUACAUCAUACUGCAAGUGAACGCACUCAAGUCUUACAGGAUGUAGCAGCUGAUCCAACUCUUCCUCGUACAAAGGCAGUUAAAUGCAGCAAAUGCAAUCAUCCAGAAGCUGCUUUCUUCCAGGCUGCUAGCAGGGGAGAGGAAGGAAUGACAUUGUUUUUUGUCUGCUGCAACCCAAGCUGUGGCCAUAGGUGGAGAGAGAGCUGAGUAGAUACAAAACUUGCAGUUCUAUUAGUCGAUGAUAAAACCAGUUCAUAUAUAGUUGAAGAAGUCUUGUUCUAUUAGAUCAAACUUACAUCUCAAAUUUAAUGAUUGACGAUCAGACAACAAAAGAUGUAUUUGCUCAUGACAUCCACUGGAAGCUAAUGACUUACAAAUUUAGAUACGCACUCAUACAAA